UACAUUCAACUAACAUAUUCAUAUUGCAUGUAAUGUAUCAUCCCUUUAAAAAUUCAAAGCUUCUUUAUACAAAAAGCAGAUAAAGUCCCUUCAUUAACACACUUUAUAACCUCUUCUGCCAUACCAAAAACAUCAUAUCCUAAACCAUCUUUACCUUCAAAACUCAGAGAGAGAAACAAAGUGUAGUAAUUGAAUAGUUUUGUGUUGCUUUCUUAUUGUGCUAGAAGAAUGCAUAUAAUUUCUUACAUGUCAGUGUGCUUUGUUAUGGUUUUAUUUUAUGCUUCUGUUCUUCCUUUCACCCAAUGCACAACCUUGGAGGAGGUGAAUCUGUUCAACAGCCACAGGAACACAAAUAACAAACUUCACAAGCAGGUAAAUCAUCAUCAUCAUCAUCAUCAUCAUCAGAAAUCAUCUGAUAUAGCACUACAUGGAUUUCUUCUAUGGGGUUCAAUGGGAUUGUUAAUGCCUCUUGGAAUACUUACCAUCAGAGGAUCAAAUAAAGCUGAACCUGGAUCAAGAAAGAGUAGAAUACUCUUCUAUUUCCAUGUUGCUUUUCAGAUGCUUUCAGUACUUCUUGCCACAGUAGGAGCUGCUAUGUCAUUGAAAAAAUUCGAGAAUUCAUUUGAUAACAAUCAUCAAAGGUUAGGUCUAGCACUUUAUGGUGCUAUACUGCUGCAAGCUUUCAUUGGAUUUUUCAGACCUCAUAGGGGAAAGAAAGUAAGGAGUUAUUGGUACUUAGUACAUUGGAUACUAGGAACAAUAGUGUCCCUUGUGGGGAUUAUCAAUGUUUACACAGGAUUAAGAGCUUAUCAUAAGAGAACAUUAAAAAGCACAAUGUUUUGGAGUAUAGUUUUCACAGUGGAAGUCUCUUUCAUUGGAUUGAUUUACCUGUUUCAAGACAAAAUGGAGUAUAUGAAAAAGCAAGGAGUGAUUGAAGGAGGUAGUGAUGAGUCAACUAUGUCAUCAUCUUACCAAGAUGUGAUUCCUCAACGACAAAAUCAAAAGGAGAUGUUGCCAGUUGCAUGUGGAAAGAUAAACGCACUUGGAAAUUUGUUUGACUAACACCUGACAUAGUAUUAUAAAUAUCGGUAUAACACAGUGAAUGACAACAAUUUCAUACUGCUGAAAUAGCAGCAUGACGCCGUUGUCACUCACUAUGUUGGUUUGUUAAUUUUUCAGUCUACUUUUUUGGUGCAUGCACUUUAUAUGUGCAAGUGGGAUAUGAUAGAGUGCAUUGAUCAAAAAGUGAAGUUUGGUUUUCUGGACAGAUUUUUGAAAGUAUAUUUUUCAUGACGUGUAUGAUGAACAUGAUAAGUUUGUGUGUAUGUGUGAAUACUGACAGUAUUAUAUAUUUAUAUUGCAAUGUUACUUGAAAUGAAAGGGUAUAUGUGGUGUUAUUGAA